AUGAUCAAAAUGCAAAGUAAAUUAACCGUCGCAGCCUCAACCCUGAAAGAUGACGUUAACCAUGGAUCAACCACCGGUGGCAGAAACAAAAUUCCACAAAAAUCGCUGGCUCUAGGUGGCUUUGUUGGUAAAGUGAACGACAUUGCUUCCAAUAGCGACACUCCACUUCAUUCUUACAGCGGGAGUCGAGUGCAGAUCCCAUACCCGGAGGGAGUUGGGGCAACUCCAUCAUCGGCAGGGACACCAAGGAGAAUGUUCAAAUGGCUGUUCCCACCUCCGUCCCCGGAAAAAUCGAUCAUGUCGGCGAUACAGAAACGGCGGGAGACUAAAAAAGAAAAGCCACCUGCCAUACAAGAAGAUGACAGGAAGGGCUAG